AUGUCCAAAUUCGAAAAACCUGAGUUUACUGGCUUUAUCGUUUGGGACUAUGUUGUGUUUUCCUGUCUCUUAGUCAUCUCAGCAGGAAUUGGGGUCUUCUUUGCAAUUAAAGAAAGGAAAAAGAAAACAUCAAAUGAAUUUCUAGUCGGAGGCAGACAAAUGACUUGUGGUCCUGUGGCUCUGUCACUCACAGCUAGCUUUAUGUCUGCAAUCACCGUUUUGGGGACGCCGUCGGAAGUUGUUCGUUUUGGAUCUUUCUUUUUAUAUUUCUAUAUUUCCUACACAUUUGUAAUCAUUUUUUCUGCUGAGCUAUUUGUUCCAGUGUUCUACAGGUCUGGCAUAACUAGUACAUAUGAGUACCUAGAGCUCCGGUUUAACAGGGCUGUCCGGUAUACUGCAACAAUUAUAUACAUUGUGCAAACGAUCCUGUAUACUGGAGUAGUAAUUUAUGCACCAGCGUUGGCUUUGAACCAGGUGACUGGAUUCAAUCUAUGGGGAUCUGUAUUUGCCACUGGUAUUGUCUGUACCUUCUACUGUACCUUGGGAGGACUGAAGGCCGUUGUGUGGACAGAUGCAUUUCAGAUGGUGGUGAUGGUUGUUGGAUUUUUGUCUGUUCUCAUUGAAGGAACAAUUCAAAAUGGAGGACCAUCUAAAAUAUGGCAGACAGCCAUAAAUGGAUCACGUCUGGACAUUGCUGAUUUUGAUACAGAUCCUUUAAGAAGACAUACCUUUUGGACUAUUGCAGUCGGAGGGACAUUUACAUGGUUGGGAAUCUAUGGAGUCAACCAGUCGACAAUCCAACGCUGUAUUUCCUGCAAGUCAGAGAAGCAUGCAAAACUAGCUCUUUAUCUCAAUUUGGUUGGACUCUGGGUAAUCUUGACAUGUGCCGUGUUCUCGGGAUUGGUCAUGUAUGCGCAUUAUGAAGGUUGUGACCCUUGGACUGCUGGAUUUAUAAGCGCUCCUGAUCAGAUGAUGCCCUAUUUUGUUAUGAACAUAUUUUCAAAAAUGCCAGGACUCCCUGGUCUGUUUGUAGCCUGCGCCUUUAGCGGAACUCUGAGCACAGUGGCUGCCAGCAUCAAUGCUCUGGCGACUGUUACCUUUGAAGACAUUGUUAAGAACAUUUUCAAGAAUACAUCAGACAAGACGAGUACCUGGAUCAGCAAAGGACUAUGUGUGUUGUUUGGUGUACUGUGCACGGUAAUGGCAGUGGUUGCAUCGAAGAUGGGUGGGGUUGUACAGGCUGCUCUUAGUAUCCAUGGGAUGGGAGGAGGACCCAUGUUAGGAUUAUUUACUUUGGGUAUUUUGUUCCCAUGGACCAAUUGGAAGGGCGCUCUAGGAGGUCUCAUCACUGGACUCACCUUGGCUCUCUGGGUUGCUAUUGGAGGAUUUAUCUAUCCUGCUCCAGCAUCCAAGACGCUCCCACUUAUACUGAGGACAGAUGAAUGCAAAUUAUUGAAUGAAACCAUCAACGCCACAUUAUCCACCAUCAUACCUACUACACUGACAACCACCAUAGAGCCAGAAAGGUCUCUGCUUGCAGAUAACUGGUACAGUUUAUCAUACCUCUACUAUAGCGCUGUUGGCUGCCUUGGCUGCAUCAUCUCUGGGCUUUUGAUCAGUUUUAUUACAGGUCGUGAGCAUGGAAGGAAUAUUAGACCGUUGCUCAUCAGACCAGUCUGCAACCUUGUGUGCUUCUGGUCGGAUACGUACAAGAAAAAGUGUUGGUGCGGAGUGCCACAUGAUCAGGAUGAAGAUGAAGAUCUGGAUCAUAUUAGUUUGAAGAAAGAUGUCAUGAUUACACCAGAAACAGAGAAAUCAGUGGAAAACGUGUACGACAACAAUUCCUUACAGAAACCUCCACCCGGUUAUAAUGCUCAUGAAAACUCCUACACAAACCCAAUCACAGAGAAAGAGAGCCACAUGUAGAUCUUGCAGUCACCUUGAUGUGCACUGCUGCACCUGACGCAUGUACCGCGGCAGUUAGAACAAAUUGUUAUUACCUGAGUAUGGCUGUUCUGUAAAUAGAACAUGGUUAGUAUAUCUGUUGUGUUGAGAAUUAUGUCACUAAAGUGUAUAGUAUUUAUCCUUUAUUUUUAUUAAUCCUGUGUUUGGCAUAAAUUGCAAAUGUAAAAUACAUGUAUUUAAUGGGAUUAAGAAAAAAUAUGUUAAGAAAGAAUACAAGCCCUACUACUCAUACCAUGUUAAUGUCAUCCAAAAUAAUAAUAUUGGUAUUUACACAGAUUUUUUACAAUAAUAAAAUUUGUUUGGGGUACAGGGGUGCAGUGUGUGGGGUAGAAGGGGGUAUUUACAUAAAAUCAGUAGAGGAUAGCAAUGUUCCUGAUAAUCUAUGCAGUCUGGAAAUUAGAGAGUACUAAACAGUGAUAAGAACGGAGAAGUGAGCCAGUGGAGAAAUUUCCCCAUUAACCAAUCAGAAGCUCUGUAUCAUUUUAUAGUAUACAAAUUAUAGAUGUUAC